GUAUCAAAUUGGUAGUAACAGUCUUGUCUCAACGCUGCAACUCCCGUAAGCCCUCUGGAGAGGCGACGGUCGAGAGCCAAGCAUCCUCCGAAACACGACCCUGCCAAGACACUCUGCUUCUUGACAGACAGGAAGCCAGCCGCACCAACGUGUCAGACGAAGCCCCGUAUAACUGGCGCCCGGCCCUCCACCAGGAACCGCUAGGGCGCGGUGAGACACGGACAUCCCGGCCGGCCAAACCCUCCUCCAAACCGGACGACGCUGGGCCAAUUGUGCGUCGCCUCAUGAGUCUCCUGGUUGCAACACAGCCCGGGAUCAAACCCGGAUCUGUAAAGAGAACGUACAGCCACGGGACGUACCGGGCAGGUGCCAUGCGUCAGAUCAGUCUGGUGGGGGCAGUGGACGAGGAGGUGGGGGAUUACUUCCCAGAGUUCAUCUCUAUGCUGGAGGAGUCGCCCUUCCUAGAGCGGACGCUACCGUGGGGUACGUUCUCCAGUCUGAAGCUGAAGAGUCCAACAGAGAGUGAUGACGGGCCCAUCAUGUGGGUACGACCUGGGGAACAGAUGAUCCCUGUGGCUGACGUACCGAAGUCUCCCUACAUAAGGAGAAGGUCAACCAAUGAGAUCAAGAACCUGCAGUACCUACCUCGGGCCAGCGAGCCUCGUGAGAUGCUGUUCGAUGACCGGACACGUGCCCACGCUGACCACAUCGGACAGGGAUUCGAGAGGCAGACCACCGCCGCUGUAGGGGUGCUCAAGGCCGUGCGCUGUGGAGAGAGGUGGGUGCCCCCUCGCGUUACCAAAGACGUGAUCUGUUUCCAUGCUGGAGACUUCCCUAAUGUAGUCCAGAGGUUACAACUGGACCUGCACGAACCACCUCUGUCCCAGUGUGUGCAGUGGGUGGACGACGCUAAGCUGAACCAGCUGAGACGCGAGGGGAUCCGCUACGCCCGUAUCCAGCUGUACGACAACGACAUCUACUACAUCCCUCGUAGUGUGGUUCAUCAGUUCAAGACUGUCUCUGCUGUCUGCAGCCUGGCAUGGCACAUCCGCUUAAAACAAUAUCACCAAGAGCCUCCGGCCGAGGAGGAGAGGAAGGUGGACGUGUCGACGCUACAAGUCAAACAGGAGCAGUUUGGGGAUGCCUUGAUGGGAGGGACCACAGCUCCUCUCACGGACCCCAAACCCCCCACAGACAGAGACACUGCCCACCCGGAGGUCAAAGUGGAACCUCAACCUGCAGAUAUAAGGCUGCCCAAGCCCUCUGUCACCUCACCCAGCGCCCCCCUAACUCCCUCCAAAUCGUCUUUCCAGGACACCAAGCCCAAAUCACAUCACCAUCAUCCCCACUACUACCACCACCACCAUCACUCAGAAUUACAUCAAACCACUACCACACACUCUUCCUUGUCUUCCUCACUCAAACCCUCCCCCACCUCCACCCCCCCAUCCUCUCCCAAACCCAGUCCGUCAUCCUCUUGUACCCCCUCUCCCAAAUCUAGUCCCACUUCUACACACUCUCCUCUCUUCAAACCCAGCCCGGCUUCCACUCGAACCCCCAGUCCCUCUCCCUCACGUAAACCCUGCCACACCCCUACUCACAACCCUAUCCUUACCCAUAUUCCUACCCUUACCCACACCCCUAUCCUUACCCACACCUCCAUCCUUACCCAUACCCACACCCCUAUCCUUACCCACACCCCUACCCUUACCCCUAUCCCCUUUUUGACACCCUCCGCUGCACCCCUUCUAUCUUCUUCAAGCCUGGCCUCCAGCCACACAGAGAGCAGGACCCCUACACCCCAGUUCCGGGCCCAACCCCAGCCCAGACCGGACAAACCCCAGGACAAAGACACUUCUCUUUACACCAAGGCCCCAGUCACCCCCCCGGAAACACGGCCUCCUGGCCCCCCGCACCGCUCCUCCCUCUCCUUUAAACACCACCAGCAAGAGCAGCAGCAGAAAGACUGUUUCUACUGAUCUUUGUACACAGUGUUUUAAAAUGGCUCUUCGGGGUUCUGUUUUGAUCCCAUCUAAAGGAAGGAGAAGACAGAAAUUAAACCAUGAUAUCAACACGGUGUGUGAUGUAUUCUAAGGAACACGUAAAGCUCUGUUGGGUCUGCAUCCUAAAUGGAGCCCUGUUCCCUAUAUAGGGAUCUACUUUGUGACCAGGGCCCAUAGGAGAGAGAUCUGUUCAAAAGUAGUGCACUAUAUUGGAAAUAGGGUGCUCUUUAGGAUGCACACUUCUCUGUUCUGUUACCGAAUGAAUACAUUGCAAAUGUAACAUUCCUCAGUGCCUGUCCAUAACUGUGUAGCCUGGUCCCAGAUCAGUUUGUAUUGUCUUGUCUCCAUUGUUGACCGUACAGUAGGAGUUGGCUUGGCAAGAACACAUAAACUGAUCUGGGACUCAGGCUAAUAUCUGUGAACUGUCAAAGCACUUAGGGCCAGAAGCACUGGUACUCUGCAGGUCUGACAAACAUACAGGUCCUUAAAUAAUAUAUUUGACUUUUAGGUUGUAGAUGGAUUAUUAUUAGAGCUGACAUUAACAUAUAUAUAUUUUUUGUAAGAUGAUGAGACAUUAUUUUAAAGGAUCCAGGCUUUUUUUUGUUCCCCUCAGAGGCUUAUUUAUAUCAAGGAAGCUUUUAGUUUUCAUUUUUGUUCGAUUUUAAUUGUCAGCACUGUAGUGUAAAUAACUUUUUGUAAGGAGAAAAACUUGUAGUGUGAUUUCUACAUAAAUAUGGACCUCUUAAUAAAGGUUAACGUUACGAGUGA